UUUCUCUCCUCAUUUAGCUCUUGCUUACAGACAUGAAGAUAAGAUAAGCUACGAAAUUAGCCAUCGAAGUGUACUUUGAUGGAUCAGAAUUUUUGUUAAAGAGGAUUUUAUUGUGGUGCCAAUCUGUUGUACCAACAUCCCAAAAUAAUAUGUUAACCAAACAUAACGUAGAGCACAGUGCUACAUCCUCGCUGUGUAGAAUCCUUUGUUCUCAUUUUCGGCGCACAAAACAAAGUUCAUAAAUCUGGUACAAGCCUAUGACAGUCACCUACCGGCGAACUUGCUCCGAAAUCAACUUCUGAUCAGUGUAUCUGGAAAAUCACUUUGUCUACUUCAAAGACUAGUUGACAUUGGGAUCGCAUUAGAGACGUCACUGGUCCGUCCCCAAGGGGUCCGUCUCCCAGCUCAACUCCCCCAGAAAACAGAAUUCACUACCUUCCUACAAGAAUAUAUUAGUACAGCAUAUAUUCUUGAACGAGAGGAAGUUUUUGGAGGUAUUUCUUGCUGAGUAGACUCUUACCGGAAUCAUUGAUGAUUGUAUUGUUGAUGUAGAGAGUGAAGAGGAAGGAAGAUGUCUGAGAGCAGUAUGGAUUCAAACAAUGGGGCAGUCCUAGAUCCAAGGAUUAAGGAUGAGCUUGAACUAUUGAAUACAGCCUCUGCGGAAAUCAACCGGCUAGAAAAACAAUUAGAUGAAUCUCGGCAAGCAUUUCGUCAGACAUUAACGGAAUCAACCCAAAGCCUAAACGAGAAGAUCAAGAAAUGUCGCAAGUCAGCUCAGAAGGCUCAGGGUUACUAUGCAGCCAAGGAAGAAGCUAGAAAAGCUCAGGAGCUUGCCCAAGAGGCGGCCCUUCGCUAUCAGCGAAGCUCAGGGAUGUAUUCAGCAGCCAGAGAAACCAUUGGAAUCGCUGAAGAGGCGGCUCUUAACUCCAAGAAACAACCGAUGCAGGAUUCAAGAAGAAGAUUCGAUUCGGCUCUUCAAGAGAUGCUUAAUCUAUCCACAGAAAAGCUCAAUGCUGCCGAGCGAGAGAAGCGAGAGAGCCAACAUGAACACGAGAAGCGAUCCAAACAUUACAUCACGACUCAACAGGAAGUCGACAAGCUUGCAAAGAAGUUCAAGAGAUCCAUCGGCAAAUCAGCCGAUUACUACGAUCUCAAGAAGUCCUUUUUCUACGAGCUGAAUGACCUGAAGAUACGAACAGAAGCCUUACAAAGCGCCCUCACCGAAAGCAAGGCCAAGUAUCGAGGAGCUCUGAAGCACUUAGAACAGAUCUCAGACGAUAUUCAUCAAUCUCGUCAAGUAGCCGUCAUCUUGGCUGGAAGUCGACAAAGUGGAGUCGGUGCUGAGACAGAGAGGGAUUCGGAACACGAGAAACUGGACAUCACAUUCCAUAUCGAUGAUAGCACUGAUGGUGAGAGUGUUAUCACUGAUUCAUCGGAACCCUCAAGCUGUGCCUCAUCGACCUCCCGAAUGCAAUCGAGGUCAAUCUCAGGUUCCAGCCUUCCAUCUCCUGCAGAAUGGGACAAUGACAAUACGAACAACCGUUUCAACUUCGCUGUCGGUUCAAAUCCCGAAUCAAACAACGGCCAUAAUGGAAAUUCCAAAAGAGAUUCAGUUCCCAAGAUAUACAUGGAAACAGUGGACGAUGUGGAAGACGACGACGAUGAUGACGAUGAUGGAGAUAUUUUUAUCGGCGUUGAUAUUGACAGUGAUAGUGACAAUGAUACCAAAGGUAGGCUCGAUGUCACCCGUAAGCUAAGAACUAUUAGCAUCGGCGACCUCAAGUCCUUCAGCGUCUACGAUGAUGGUGAAACCAUCGACAUCAAUUCUUCGACCACGGCUGAUGAAUCGAAUAGAUCUGACACUACAUCAAAUCAAACGACAUCGGAACAGGUUGGAGAUCAAACAGUCAAUGAAUCUUCCAAUACUCCCGUCCAUGACGCCCUCAACGACAGUGUCGAUGAAACCAACGAUGAAACCAUCACUGAAAUCGUUGACGGCGAUGUGCCGUCUCAGCCGGAAAAGAAAGAUGACGUCGCAGAUACAGCCGUCGAUGAUAAAGCGAAUGACGAAGUCGUCUGGAUAUGAACGAGGGGUUUAGCAUAGCUGCCGUAAAUGAUUAUUGACUUGAAAGCGUUUCAGUAUUUGAAUCAAGAGACGAUCAUAAGCGGGUCCUUUAUGGAAGCUGUGGUAUAUAAUCGAUGAAGGCUCUGAAGUCUCUGUUCAUUGUAGGAAAAGAUUUUUGCCCAAGCAAACCAGUCCCUCUCCACCCAGAUGUAAAACGUACCCUGCGGGAUUAAUAUUAAAUGUAGGGCCCUCAGAAAGAGCAGUAUUAAUACUGAUAUUGUUACCUUGGAAGACCGAAUUGUUAUUAAUCAUUAUUAUUCAACGAGUGAAUUCUAUGCAAGCACUGACGGAUGGAUGAGUGGCGAGUUCAUUAGAAUUAUCAAAUGUCGAUUAUGUCAAUAUAAAAAGGGGAAAUUAUCAUUAAAGUUCUUAUUUGCCCUAUUUAAUGAUAUGUUUUUUUUUUAAUAACAGAAAACUAAUUCGAUGUUCAAUAGAGUGGUCAGAAAAAGUUAUUGAGGGGGAUGGGUAUCGAUUCAUUGGGCAUUGAGUUGGAUUUUUUUCUUCUUCGAGAUGUCCAUGUUUUCAAAUCUGCUGAAUAAUGUCGAAGCCUUUGAUAAUACGUGCCAAAGAUAAGUUUGAAUGUGACUGUUAGACCAAAGUAAGGAGGUGUUAUUUUACUACACUAUCGUCAAAUCAUGUCGACCUGCAGGGAUAAACAUAUUAUGAAUAUUAAUGGAAUCACAGUAGUGAUAGAAGAAGAAAUUGUAAACACUGCUGACUUUCUGUGACGAAACUUUACUUGCAUUUUUCGCACAACUUUAACACUCUGUGAAAUCAUGUUUACGUUCUAGUUUUUAUAUGAAAUAAUAUAAUUCUGUUCUUUUGUGUAUAUGAGAUUCUGUUAAUGCUUUAUGCUAUAGCUAAAUGAAAGAAAUUCAGGUUACGGAUUUUUUUUUAGCCAGAUAGGUCAGUCAUUUUAUGGACCCCAAAUAGUUCCCCCCAUCCAUUGUACAUGGGAGUGAGCUAAUCGGAGCUCCAUAAUUUGAACUAUGACAUCGCUUGUGUCACAACUCUCCCUCUCAAAUACGCUAUGAUCUAUGCAAAUGCUUAUACUACGUCCUCUCUCGUUUUGUUUAUAUUUGUAUAUUUACUAUUUUACUUCGGAAUUCGGAUAUUUGCUUUUAAUGAAAUCAUUUAACCGCAAAUAUACUAAUUAUUUUAACCAGCUCGAAGAAGAAUACAUCCUGAUCAACUUUUUGUUGUUCAUACAUACACUUUUAACAUGAAUUACAAUAUGUAGACGAUGCUUAUAAUGUUGUUGAUGAUGAUAAUCAUAAUGAUUUUAAUCAUCAUUAUCAUUAAUAUCAUUAUUAUUAUCAUCACCACCAUCAUGAUCUUUAUGAAGUAUGAAGGCAUGUAUAUCAUAAUGGUGGAAUCACGAAAUAAAAUGUAAUUGUAUCU